AUGGCAGUCAGGGAUUGGAAAAAACAAUACUCUGCUGCUGUUGAAAAAAACCGAGACUGGCGAGACUUGUACGCUCUGGUAUCUGGGAGGAAGGGCAGACCUCCCGUUGAAUAUGUGACGAAAGAGCUUAGCAAAAACAAAGACAGAAUAAUAAGUGGUCUCAAGUACUUCCAGUCCCAAGAAGUUAAAUCCUCGGCUCAGAAGGACAAUAGUUUGUUCAGUGAAAGUGGUAGCGGUUGGAGUAAAGAUGCAAAAAACGAUCUAACAGCGCCCUCUUUGAUCAACAAGCUUAAUUUAAUGACUGGAAUGGAAUCUGGUCUAGCAUGGGAAGUCCUAUCCAACUACUUGCAGUAUGCUUUCCGAGGACCUCCAGACAGUCUUCAAAAACUGUUGGCUCAAAAUGAGGAAAAAGCACAAGGAGUAAUUGCGGAUCUAUUCUGCUUUUACUUCAGAGAAAGAAUGUUUAUUUUGAAAAUUCUCUAUUACAUUCUCACAAAUACUGAUGGGGAUCUGUACAGUGCUGCAUUCCGAGACUUUAUCAAGGACAACAUCAAGUUCCGGGAGUUGUACGAGUCACUGUUUGGUCAGUUGAAGACAUUGUCCGAUGUCCACCAGCCCAACUUGUCCUGUUUGAGUCACGUGUGUGCGCCACGCUACCUCACGUUCUGGUGUGACCACAACCUGCGGGAACGUGUACAGAUCACCAAACUGAUGAUUUUGGUGCUCAAACACUGCCACGGAGAUCUGCCUGCGAUAUCUCGUGUAAAGGAAAUGCUAGAACUGGUUGAGAGUUCUAAAGCAACAGAAAGAGAGUCUUCUAGCCGUUCAAAAGAAUCUCCUUACAAAAUUUUACGCCAAUUUUAUGUUGUACAUAUAAUUCAGCUGAUUGGAUUUGAUUCACUCUCUGGUGAAGAAGCAAGGUGGACUCAGAAGGAGAUGUUCUCAGAUAUCAAUGAGAAGAUUAAGUUUGCGAUGGACCGGAGAGCCGAAGAAGGGCCGGCUCUGUUGAGUGUUUGGUUCAUUGUCCACUUCUUGACUCCACUGGGCACUGGAUCCCCGGCUAUGAGGGAGUUUAUAGCACACACCGUCAAAGCUGCCAACCCGUGGAAAUAUUUCAAUACUUUGCUAACAUCACCUGAUGUACAGGAUGACAAAGCUGUAUGUGCCGCUGUUCACUACGCUGUCUAUCAAGUAGCAUUCCUCUCUGUAGUAAACUUUGGCCUGGACUAUGUGAGGUGUCAGGACUUCUACAGACUGGUCGCUCUGCUUGUGAGGGACAACCAGGUGCUCAAACAUUUCUGGCUCACAGAGAACGACGGCCUUCAACUAGUGCUAAGAGAGUGUGAGAGGUUCUUUCCCGUCGUUUGGGAACCCGUGUUUGACAUUUACACAUCGAUCGCUUCUCAGAGUGAAGAAUAUGUGAACAAGAUUGAGAAAAGAGUCGAAACCGAGGUAAAGUUCACCCAGCUCCAGUCGAGGGUGGUGAACAUGGAGGCGUUGGGAAACAAUGUGUUUCGCAGCCUUGAGCCAGUCAGACCCUUCAUAGCCUCAGACCAGAACGUGAUUCCCGAGGGAACACGGUGCGUUGUGUCCGGGGAAACUGACAUCUACAUCCACUGGGACUUCUCCGUCUCCAUCUGGCAUGUUGUCAAAGAAACGCUCUUCAAGUGGUCACAAAAGAUGACUCAGUACCCCAAACCUCCUGAGGCAGAGAUGAAACUGCUGCGAACUAACGUGUUGUCUGUUUUGGCCUUUUACAAUGAAGUGUUAAAGAAUAGAAAGGAGCACAAGAAAAUUGUGUUUUUUGCUGUCGAUGAAAUGUUCUCACGCCUGGAAUUGUACCAUGAGCGCAAGGAUGCAGAAAUGCUAAAUGCCUGUCUUAAGACCUGUACAUUACUGUUAAAGCACUACCCCAAGGACGUGGUGAUGCUGCUAAAAGUAUCCAGAGCUAUUCCAGACAUGGACCACGUGGUCAUGGACCAUGUCACAUGCGCCAAAGGUGACUUCUACCACUCCAACGGGGUCAAGACCAUCCUGGAACUGGUAGAACUAAACACUGGAACAUUCACUGUCCUGGUCUCCUACUUGGAGUUCAUACUUAAACUAUUUGAGUUGCCAACAGUGUUUGAGUCAUGGACGGCUCUGGCAGGAGUGCAGUUUGUCCUACGAGAUGUCUUCCCCCACUACAACCAGUGGAUAUUUAGAGACGAGCGGCAUCGGAUACACAUAGAGUGGCUGUGUAUCCAGAUCAUCGGUUGUGUGCUGAGCGUAACCCCGGAGGAGAUAUAUCCGGCGGAAACCAGCGUUUUGAAGAAGAUUGACGUUCAAGGCAAUCAACCCCUGAAUAGCAUCCUUCCCACAAAGAAUCUUUUUGCCAACACAACUCUUUACCACCUGCUCAAUUGGGAGCCUGCCAUUGCGCUUAUCCAUAUUGUUUCCAUUGGUGACCAGCAACUGUUUUCUUGGGUUGAAAGUUUUCACAGUUGGGAUUCAAAAAGCUGUGAAGAAUUGAUCAGUUCAAUCCACACUUCACUGGCAAUUCUAGACAAGUGUAUUCUGCUCAAACAUGCCCACAAGGACUACAAGAGCCUGACUCGGCUAGAGAGGGAGAUCUACAAGGAGCCCAAGGAGACUGACACAUACAAAGUAGUGAUCAACACAGCAGGAUAUGUCUACAACUGUCUCAGUCCAGACGUGCGUUACAACUCGGUCAAAGUCAUAUCCAGGUUUGCAGAUAACAGACAUCAGUCACUCAUGGCCUGUAUUGGUAUGGAGGCCAACACAAUGAGGCAGAUGUACCUCAAACCCCUGUACUCAUCCACAGAGUCAGAAGAAAUAAAGGUGGCAGUUCUGGAGCUGGUCACAGAAUGCGUUCACAAGCAAGCAAGUCUAGCUGAGGCGUUCUUGAACGCUUUAGAGCUGAAGGAGUGUGUACAGAAAAAAUCAGGCGAAGAAUCAGAGGGUUUUGUACACAUUGCCCUGGCCAUCAUUCGGAAGCGCAAGGAGACUCCGAGUGACAGAGCGUACUUGGCGAGUGUUCAACUUCUCCAUGCUAUCUGGCAUGAGCGUCGCACUCUAGUCAUAUCCUACAUCCGCAUGAGGGAUAACUUCUUCAACAACUUCUGCUAUCCUCUCUUUCAUGUUACCAAGUGGCAGAGACAAGUCAUUCCAGCCUUUGCCUACAUCCUGACCUGCCUCGGAACUGAGAUAUUCUGGUAUAAGGACCAAGUACACGAAUCUCUCAAGAAAUUUUUGACAGACCUUUUCAAAGAAGGCCACAUAACCCGACUAUCUGUGUACUGUACUGACCAGUCUCGUGGCAUUGUGCCGGAAGAGUUGGGAGAAGAUGAAGCUAACCUGACCCACACGGCGGACAGCACCAAGAACUUGAUAGCUUGGAAGGAAUUCAUCUAUGUUCUUGUCAAGUCUUUCCCUGACCUGUGGAAGAAAGACGAGAAAGAAGGUGGUUCAGAGAAGUCAAACUCACAGAAGCAUGUAUUGUGCAUUCACACGUUGUUUGCUUUGAUGAAUGAAAUCAACCGACAAGGGAACAUGUUGGCAAUCAGCAACCUGGCAGAGCUCUAUCUGCUGUUGGUCACCACUUGGAAAUUAGAAGGAGUGAAGGAUGAGAGUUUAGUGGCUUUGAAGAAGAUUUCAUCAAUUUUGACCCAACUUGCUCAUCACUACAAGUUUUUUACAGACUCUGCUACAUACAACAUCUUGGCUGCUUGCUGUAGAUUCUUUGAGUGUACAACAUUCUCACAAGCCAACAUAUCAAGUACAGACUGGGAGAUCCACAAUGAGCGAAUAGUCCGAGCUGUGUGUUUACUUCUGUGCAAAGAGUUAGAGAGCAGUCUGAUAGAGAGAGAGAGUGAACGGACGCGUCAGAUCUUGCCUUCCCUGCUGUGUUUGGCCAUCACACUAGGCACUACAGUAGGUCAGCAGUCUCCUGGGCUGUGGCAUGGUCUGGUGUCUCAACACCAUGUCACCUCACAACUUAUCGAGGCUGCGGCAUCUGCCCUGCAGGCCAAGGAAAUGUCAGACUCUGGCCUACUGAUGUUGGAGUUACUGUCACUGCUCACAGAGGAUGAUGAGUGGUCGUUCCGUCAGGUAGACAUACUAGAGCUACACACAGCUUGGGACAGUCUCAAACCUCCCAUACACAACUUGUUUGGACCAGUUCCAGUGUGCCUUGAGGAGAAGUCGCUGUUUGAGGCCACCAACUGGUUCCCCGUGUACAUGCGAGCUCUCAACCUGGUGUCAGCCUUGGUCAGCCACUCUUGUACCACCACGCAGGAACUGGGCUUCGACUUUGUGUACCAACACGAGAAGUUCAUCUGUGAUAUAUUUGAGUUUAAAGACGACUCUCUGAAGGAGACAGCCCUGGAGCUUGUGUCCUCGGCCUUGAGACUGUUGUGGCAUGUGACCCAGGCCGUGGUGCCGUGGAACUGGAAACUCAAGUCUACUUUGUCUAGGAUACUUGUAAAAGUGAAGCAGUACGUAGCCACCUUGGUAGACCUGCUAGGAGAUCCCAGUCAUCUGCUUAAGCGGAAGUCACUGGCUCAGAACCAGAAGACUUUUCCUCCCCCAGAACUGAAGGGCAAGGACAUGCACUUAGAACUGCAGUUUCUUCAGAACAGACUGGUGGGUAUGCUGAUAGAGUGCAUGUCAGUGCUGAAGGAGACAUGUCCUCUACACAGUGACUUGCUGUCAGCUGACAGACUGGGACUGCCGAUAUUCAAGCUUCGUCUGUUAGUGGAGCCGAGACCUCCAGCCGAGACUGGGCCCGAGUAUCACACUCUCAUCAACAUCAUCAACAUGGUCGCAAAGAGGCUGGCCUCUAAUCUCAGAAUAUCGCCACGGUCUGGGAGCAAGUCAUCAACAGCUGAUAGCAACAGGACAAAGACAAAUGCUGAUAGUACAAGUGAACUGGCCUCCCCAUCACAAGGUGCAGGCAAGGAUGACACCUACUUUGCUGCCAAGCUGUCGUCAUGUAGUCAGAGCGACUUGAAGCUGUUGCUGGAGCUGACUGUCCACUACAUGAUCUCCAACACUCUACUCACCAUACUGUCUGACCAGAUGGGCUUCCAUCAGUCAGUCAUCUUCCUCAGGGACAUAUCUACUGAGGCGAAAACUUUUCUAGAGUAUGCUCAAAGGCUGAGUUAUGGGAAAGAAGAGAUCACCAACUGGAAGAGUAGACAUGUACCAUCCCGCAGUUAUAAACCACUUACGUGGGAAACAUCGGAUGACAAUGUUAUGGAAGACUCUUUCUCGUUAGGUUGCAUUCCAUUGCAAGAUUCCAUGUCAGAACCUUCCACUUCCGUGCGAAGGUCUGCCUCUCCGGAUCCUACCAGUGAGUUGUCCAAGAGACUGAAGGUGACUCAGAUCAGAGUACCUCCCAGUCUGCAGCACUUCCUACCUCCCACACUGGAGUUUGAUCUUACGUUCCAACCCAAGGAGAGAGACCAGAAGAAGAGUCCUGACAGUGCAGAGGAACCACCAUCAGACGCAGAAUCCACGGAGUUUAUAUUGUUUUGCAAUCACAUUCUGAAACAGAUGUUUGGAAUGCACGGAUUUGACGAACGGUCGCUUAGAAGUGCUUGUUGACGAUGGUAAGAUGUAUACUAGUUGUUGUGUAUGCCAGCGUUUUAGUCUCUGGUGAUACUGAUUAACACGUACAAAAGUAUGUUGUAUUUGCCAUCUUGAGCUAUGGACUAUAUUGCUGGGUCAGAAUAGAUAAAGUCAGGUGAACAAAAUAAAGGAACUAAACUGAUGCUUUUUUGUCAGCCACUCCAAUUUUCCCAUAGCUCAAGAUGUUUUAAAUUAACUGAGUUUAAGCAGUUUUUGUUAUAGAUUGAUUUGACCAGAUUCAGUGUAAUGAGUCGUAAAUGAAAUCGGGUUAUCUUCAAUUGAAGAAUAAUACUAUAAAGAUUGCUUUCCCGAUUUGUCAAUUUUGUGACAUGCAAACCCAAAGAAAAAAUAUUAGAUGUUUAGAAAACAGUCGGAAUAUUUGACAAAAUAUUUUGGCUUGGAUUUGUGUAAUGUAGGAUUUGGUUGAAAGAACUGUAUUAUAACCUGUACUGCAGAAACUGCAACUUUUAGUAAUAACAAAGUAAGUUACAAGAUUAAAUAAAAUUAAAAAUGUAUGUGAGUUUAAAAUUGCAACACAAGUCUUCAGGAAAAAACAGUUGAUAAAACAAACGUAAACUAUCUCAUAUUUUAACAUAUUAUUGAGUAAUUCUAUUUUUGAAUUUAGUAACUAUUGAGGGGAAAGUCCCAUGUUUCUAUUAUUAUUCUCAAAAUCACGCAGUCAUUUUGUAUUAACUGUUAUAA